AUGCGUGCCACCACUAUUGUCUUCGCUCUCAUGGCCAGCGUUGCCCUCGCUGGACCCGCAAGCCGCCCAGUCAAGGCCCGCCAGAUGGAGGGUGUCUGCAACGGUAGCAGUUGCAAGGUUGAUAGUAUCUCCUGGGGGUGUAGCACCGGUAAAUGCACUGCUCAGAGCGGUGCUGGUGAUGGCGCCCCCUGCGGUGGCCCCGACUACGAGAGCAUUAGCUGCCCCGGUAGCUAG